GUACACACGGUUAAUUGGGAUAGCAAGAACGAGAGCGUGAGUUGGGAUAGUAUCAAUAUUUCGGACACCAGCACGGACAAGCCUGUAAAUGUUCUCCAGGCUUGUUUAGUGCUUCCGAAUGCUCGAACAUUACCACUUUUGGUAGUAGGAACCACAAAUGGAGCUCAGAUAUUCGACAUGCGUACUCAAAAACUUCUCGAGCAACAACUCAUCGAAACAGGAAUUAAUGAGCCUGAGGAUUCAUCGUUCUGGAGCAGCUUCUGCCGCGGGAUUACUUGCAACGACAAUACAAUUCUAGUAGGCAAGAACUUCGAUUGGGCACAUUAUGCAAUUCCAUUGCAGUGGCGAGACAUCCAUAACUACAAAGAAAUUGAGCACAGUGCCAGCAUAAGCGAUUUAGCUACCUGCCGCUACGACGACAUAACUUGCUCUGGAGAUUGCUCUGGAACAAUUAAUGUGUGGAACAAGAACAUCAAGGGAGUGCAACUGAAAAUUGCUACACAGCACCCAAUAACCGCCAUGAGUGUGUUACGCAAACAAGUGAUUGUUGGCACUCUUCGUGGACGUGUGCUAUUCUACUCCAUCUCUGGUGGCGAGCUUAUGGCUGAAAUUCUUGCACAUGCCCGGUCCAUUACGUGUAUUUCUGUGGCACCGGAAAGCGCGUACGUUCUCACUGGCUCCGAAGAUGGACGAUUUAUCGUAUAUAAAUUGCACACAAGGAAGCCUCAGGCCUAUCAGGUGGAGUAUCGAUUCUCCGAUGAGCUUCCAAACUGUGCAAUUAUGGGCGCACAAUUCACAAAUGGAAGAGGAAGCAGCAUCGCCGUGACUUGUUUUGAUCGAAAUGCUAUCUACGAAUACCGCAUAGUUAAGAAAGCAACAGGAUAG